GUAUCCAACUGGUUUGGCAACAAGCGAAUCAGGUACAAGAAGAACAUAGGGAAAUUUCAGGAGGAAGCCAAUCUCUAUGCUGCAAAGACAGCUGUGACAGCCGCACAUGCAGUGGCUGCAGCUGUGCAGAACAACCAGACCAACUCACCCACCACUCCAACCUCUGGUUCUUCUGGUUCUUUUAACCUCCCAAAUUCUGGGGACAUGUUCAUGAACAUGCAGAGUCUGAAUGGGGAUUCUUACCAAGGGUCCCAAGUCGGAGCCAAUGUGCAAUCACAGGUGGAUACCCUCCGUCAUGUUAUCAAUCAGACGGGAGGCUACAGUGAUGGCCUUGGAGGAAACUCACUGUACAGUCCACAUAAUUUAAAUGCUAAUGGAGGCUGGCAGGACGCAACAACUCCAUCUUCUGUGACUUCUCCUACGGAAGGCCCGGGAAGUGUGCACUCGGACACAUCUAACUAAUCUCUGGCACGCUCCCCUGAGCUGACAUGCCUUGAUAAGCGCAUUCAGAGCAAUAGGAGGAAAAGGAAAGCGUUUUUGUAGCCCACCAUCUACAGCUUUACUGUAAAACCUUGUCUUACUAGAGAACUUGGUAAAUCUGUUUUUUAAAGAAUCAUAAUCAUUUGUAUUUAUACUUAAAACACACAAUGUUAAAAAAAAAAAAUAAAGCACUUUAUCCAAUUAGGCCAAGAUUUAACAUUGUUGACAGUCUUGUAGCUAUUUUAUCAUAAUUUAUUACCAAUAUUUUACAUUAAUGGUUUCACAGUUGCCAAUUAUUUGGCCUUAGAGUAAAAAGUACAAUAUAUGCUAAACCUCAACCGUUAGAGCAGAUGCGAAGACUCACCUCACCUAAACUGAGCUCCUUGCUUAUUUCCAUCGCAGACUUUGAUUGUCUUUCUCUCAUGUCACGGAUGGCGUUGGAAUAGAACAGCUGUUUGGCCAUCUCUGUUACUGAUGCUGUGUUUAAGAAUCUUCCUCCUCACAUUUGUGUUACGAUCAUUUAUGUUAUACUUAGAUCAGAGACUGGAAGCCUCUUUUCUCUCUGGAAGCACCAGUGCCCAGAGUCUGCUCGGUAAUGAGACCAUGGAUCCAGAUUGUUCUGAGAGACGAAGAUACUUGCUGCUGGUGGAGGUGGAAACGAGACCUGUCUGGGGUUUCGCAGUGUGCACUGGGUGCUGCACAGACUUGUCAAGGUUUGCUACGUCCUCUGGGCAGCCUCCAAAGGCCCUGCUCUCUGGAGUGUUGUAUAUAGUGUAGCAAAAGAGUAUUUAUACAUCUCACCAAUCAGAACACAGCUUUAUUACCUCAUGCGAACUCAUACAAACCAAUAGAAUUUCAACAUGUUCUGUAGCUUAGAGUGCUCACUUACUACCUCUGAACAACUCACGCUGUAGUUCGUCUCUUUCUUACCUUUUUGCAUCUUGUAAUUAACUCUUUGUUUCCCUUCAUAAAAUGUAAUGUACAUUGUAAUCUUUUAAAAGAAAAACCAGGGUUGCAUUUGCAACUUUUAAAAAAACAGAGUGGAAACAUUGGGUCUUAAUUUAACACAGAUCAGUAAAACUGCUGUAAAUACUGAGAAACAUUUUUGAAUGUUCUUCGUCUUGUUACUAAUCCAUGCAAAAAAAAGCGGCGAAUAAUUGUGAUGCAUUCAGAUUCAGUAUUCAGUACUGUAUAUUUCACCCUGUGUGAUGGGGCCCCUCUCUUUUCUCUUUUUGUAUUGUAUGCGAUUCUGAAACUGAUUGAGUCAUGAAAAUAAUUUGUGGCAGUGAUUCUAAUGUAUUAAAAACGUUUCGUGUUCCUUUCUAACUGGAUUACACCCUGGAUUGAAAAAGUCUUCCUUGUGGUAGUUAUAUGUAGUUUCAAACAUGAAUAAACUUUUUGCUUUCAUGAUUAAA